AAGCCCACCCACGACAAGCCUACCCACGAGAAGCCUACCCACGAGAAGCCUACCCAGAGAAGCCUACCCACGAGAAGCCUGCCGGCCCCAAACCAAGCAGCCUAACCAUCAAAGGCUCCAAGCCCACCACCAGCAAGCCUUUAAUCCACAGCACAAUCCCCGUCUACGUUCCUACCGCCUCUAGUACUGCCUCCACCUUCGCGACUCCUUCCAAGGGUGGUGACGAUAAAGAGGGUAAGGGUAACGAAAACGGUGUGUAUCCUACUGCUACUGGGGACGAGUUCAAGUCGCUUGGUGGUAAGGUGAGCGCGUCGGGAUUGGGUGUUGUGGUUGGGGGAAUUGUUGGGUUGUUGGGCUUUUUCUACUGA